AUGGAGCCUCAUGCAUGUUCAACACAUGAUGGUCAUGCACUUGACAAUGGGACAAGUGUUGAGAAGAUUAUGCAUAUGCAACAUGUGGCCAUGCAAGUAUGGAUGAGCGAUAAGUGGCAUAACAUGGGUGUGUGUGCGAUGUGGAUUAUUCGGGUUUGUUUACGGAUCACGGGUCGGUGCGUUAUCGGGUUGCGGUUUAACGGAUCUAGGGCAGGAUUGAUCCAGGGAAGGAAGGAAGUUCUCUUUCCCAGUUUCAGUGGUCCGAUUCUGAAACCAACAAACUAUACGGUUUGGGCUAUUCGUAUCAAGACGAUUCUUGAAGCGAAUGGUUUGUGGGAAACGAUUGAACCGACAGAAAAUGCAACAGUAGACACUAAGAAAGACAAGUCUGCAAUUGCAUAUCUGUUUCAAGCAAUACCAGAAGAUGUUGUAUUGCAAGUUGCAAGUUGUAAGACUGCAAAGGAAAUUUGGGAUAAUCUAAAGGUUAGACACGUUGGUGUUGAUCGGGUACAAAAGGCGCGUAUGCACACGCUAUUAUCAGAAUUUGAAUUAUUGCAAAUGAAGGAUGACGACACUAUUGAUUCGUUUACCGCAAAGAUUAAUAGUAUCGUUACCCGGGCAACUGAAGUAGGAACGACGUUGAGUCAACCGACUCUAGUACGCAAACUCCUAAAUGGCGUACCGGAUAAGUUUACUCAAAUCGUUGCCUCCAUGGAGCAAUACUCCGAUCUAGAAACUAUGAUGCUAGAAGAAGCGGUCGGAAGAUUAAAAACGUAUGAAGAAAGGUUAAAGUUGAAGAAAAAGGAAAGCCCCGUGAACAAUCUAGAAGAACUUCUGUAUGCGGGUCAUGGACAACAUGUUCGAAAUCAUGGACGAGGGAGAUUCCGUCCGUCACGAGGCCGAGGGAGAGGAAAUUAUCAACAUAGGGGUGAAGGACACACCUCUUACGAGUCGGAAGGAACCGACAAACCACAAAGUGAUGAUAGCAAGCAAGAGACACCGACUAUGAGAAAUAAGUCGAAAAUCACUUGCUACAGAUGUGAGAAACUUGGGCACUAUGCCUAUGAAUGCCCAACCAAGAAAACCAAAGAAAGUGAGACACUCUUGGUCGAAAUAGAAGAUGAUGAUGAACCGGCACUUCUGAUGUGCUUAGACGGUGAAGAGCGGUAG